UAUUAUAUGCGUGCAAGGGUUAGGAGUUGCCUAUGCGGGUUCUCGAUAGUGCCCAACCCUUCGCUGCAUUAUCCUUAUUAAAUGAGGUGAGGACGAAUUCACAUGGGGAGGGACUGCAGAGGAGACGGGGCCACGAUAUUAAUGUACCCGUAUAUGCAUGGAAGGCAUGUGUACGAAAUCCGAGUGUCGCCAUCCUGGUGAUGGUCCAUCGUCUUAUAAGCAAGCAAAUUGUGAACAGGGUACUCCGGAGAAGGGACAUUGGUUCAACAAGGUUUCCAUUUCUUACAUACCAUUUAUUCCACAGGCCUCGUUCUUCUUCCAGAGUUGGUUCCUGGAAGUGUUUAGAUUGAAAUUUCGACGCCGGAUAGUUAGCUGAGCACGGGCCUCGAGGGCGGGAAGUCUUUUUCACGCCACUUCACACGAAAAUACCAGAGGCAGCGAGGCCUUGACCAGUCCCUGGUUCAGCACAAGGGAGUUACACAUGUGAGACGAGAGAUUCUGGUUGUCCUUCGUAUACGGAGUAUGAGUCCGUCAUCACCUGGUACAUGGGCCGUCUUCUCGGAUCUCUUCUUGCGACCGUUUGAACUAACUAGUUAUCCGCCAAGACAGGGCCUCACACCGCAGUUCCAUGUGUACUUGAUUGGAGAAAAAGCUAAGUACCUAACGAUGCUUUGUUUUCGAUCCAAUGUAUUUUCCGAAGCGGGGAGAAGUAGAAACGCUCGCCCUCGUGUCGGAAAUGUUGGCGAGGAAUGGAAAAUGCUUCUCGGAGCGUAACCGAAAAUGCGCCAAGAUGGGAUUGAUGACUUGUGGUGGCAACCAAGUCUGUCAAACCUUUCCCCAGGCCCCGGGGCAAAGUUUGUUGGGUGGUGGGUACUGGCUUCUCCUCCAGUCGCAGGGUGUGUUAGAAAUUUAUCAAGAGAUUCGUUUUUUGGAUUUGGAAGAGGUUGCAUAUUGACAUCAUGCACGUAUCCAAUAUACGUAGGCAUGUAAUAGGGCAGCCGAGGAGCGAACAUGGGUUUAGAUCCUGCGAUCGGUUAAAAAGGGGAAUUUUCCAUCAUCGCCAAUUUCCAUUUUAGCCGGCUCCUCGAUCUCGUUAGGCCCUUGAUGCGCAAUCUUCCUUCCUCCCCUUCCAUGGGCCACAAACUUUGACCUGUG